AUGACGGUAGUCUCCAGCAUGGCUACCUACUCGCAAACACUGAUUUUACCUGUUCCACCAAGGAGGAGGAAUCAAAGAAGAGCCUCUGUGCGGGUCAGAUGAAAAAAAGAAAAAAAGCUCCACCAUCCCGACAUGAGAUUUUGAGGCUCAGCCGAGUCCGGGAGCGGAUCCAGCAGCAAACUCCAGCCUGUGGCCACACAGCAGGGACACAGCUCACCCGUUUGUCAUAAUACGCUAUUUGACUAAACCCAGGGUAAACACACAGGCACCGACUGGCGGGUUGUUGUUGCUGCUGCUGCUGCCUUUGUUUAAUAUCACAAAUCGGGUGAAUUAUCUGGCUGGAAAGCUGUGCAGACGUCCGGAAUAUUCACCGCUGCGUUUUGAUUUCUCAUCUGGACCACAACACAACUUCCAGCACGUCACAAGUUGAGUAUUUUAUAACAUUUGCGGACCACAGGCACUCUUCUCCAACAGCAUGACAGACGAGGAUUGAGGAAGGGGGCUGACUGUCAAGCGAAUAAAUGGAGAAAUGCCCCGUUAGCCUCAGAGAAGUGUCUGCUCUCCCCCCUUCAGGUAGGACACCCAACUAAUGCCCUCCUAUAUGGAGAUGUUUGAUGAGCAAACACGGCAACAGCUCCGCAGACAGCAGCAAUAUUCACACCUAUACUCCAUUCACUGCAGAUAUAAGCCGGUGUGGUUCGCACAGCCAUGGCCUUCGGAUCGAGAAGACCGUGGAUGAGCGUGGUGAUCGGGGUGUUUGUGGGAUUCACCGCGGCCUCCUGGCUCAUCGUGCCCCGGGUGCUGGAAAUCAGUGGGAAAAGAAAGAAGUCUCCUAUGUGCUCCUAUUACAGCGAUGCCGUCGGAAAAGUGCCUGAAAUUAUCGGGGACGCCGCGGGUGUCGGCAGCAGAAAACGGGACAGCGCGCCGGCCAGUCAGGGGAGCAGCAAAGAGGAGGAGGAGGAGGACAGGGUGUACCGGACGGGGAACGGGAGCGGGGACAACGGGAGAGCCAUACCCCGGCCUCGGCAUUUCCUCUACGUCGGCGUCAUGACAGCCAAGAAGUACCUGGACACGCGCGCCGUGGCCGCCUACAACACCUGGGCGCGCUCCAUCCCGGGCAGGGUCGAGUUCUUCUCGAGCGCCGGCUCGGAUCAAGUCCAUGUGCCCGUGCCCGUCCCGGUGGUGUCACUGGCGGGGGUCGACGACACAUACCCACCACAGAAGAAGUCCUUCAUGAUGCUCAAGUACAUCCACGACCACUACCUGGACCAGUACCAGUGGUUCAUGCGGGCGGACGAUGAUGUUUACAUCAGAGGUGAGAAGCUGGAGUUGUUCCUGCGGGGGCUCAACAGCAGCAAGCCCCUCUACCUCGGCCAGACAGGCCUGGGCAUGGCUGAGGAGCUGGGCAAGCUGGCCCUGGAGCCCGGAAACUUCUGUAUGGGAGGUCCUGGCAUGAUUUUCAGUAGAGAAGUGCUGCGCAGGAUGGUGCCCCACAUUGGUACCUGUCUCAAGGAGAUGUACACCACCCACGAAGAUGUGGAAGUGGGCCGCUGUGUGCGACGCUUUGGAGGAACGCAGUGUGUUUGGUCCUAUGAGAUGCAGCAGCUAUUUUAUGAGAACUAUGAACCCAACAAGAAAGGUUUCAUCGAAGAGCUUCACAGCAGCAAGAUCCACAAUGCCAUCACACUCCACCCCAACAAAAAACCUGCCUACCAGUACCGACUUCACAGCUACAUGUUGAGCCGGGAGAUCUCAAGGCUGCGUUACCGCACCAUCCUGCUCCACCGUGAGAGCCUGACCAUGAGUCACCUCAGUGAUACAGAAGUGCAGUGGGAGGACCAACAGCUGGGUGUGCCACCAACCUAUAUGCGUUACCAGCCCAGUGACAGGAAUGAUGUAAUUGAGUGGGAUUUCCUCACUGCUCGCCAUCUUUACACUACAGGUGAGAACCAUUUACCCCGGCAAGGCCUUGGGAGCUUGCUUCGCGCUGCACUAGAAGACACGAUACUCCAGGUUAUGGAAAUGAUUAAUGAGAAUUCCAAAGCUCGUGGCCGUGUCAUUGACUUCAAAGAGAUUCAGUAUGGCUAUCGCAGGGUGGAUCCCAUGCACGGUGCAGAGUAUAUCCUGGACUUGCUGCUUCUGUACAAGAAGCACAAGGGACGAAAAGUAACAGUGCCUGUUAGACGGCACGCCUACCUUCAGCAGUCCUUCAGCCGACCUUUCUUCACUGAAUCUGAGGAGUUAGAUGUGGCCGAACUCAUGGACGCUAUCAACUCUGAAUCCCAGUCCCUGUCUUUCCUGUCCAGCUCUCUGAAGCUCUUUUCACCCUUCCAGUUCUCUGAAUCAACCAAGGAGAUGCGGGAGCGAAACCGGAAGAUGGUUAACAUCCUGGUCCCGCUGACAGGCCGAUACGACACCUUUGCCCGUUUCAUGGAGAACUUUGAGAAGACGUGCUUAAUCCCCAAACAAAAUGUUAAACUGGCCAUAAUUCUGGUAGACAAUCAAAACAAUCAGGACAAAGACAAACAGAUUGAAUUAAUCAAGGACUACCACAAGAAGUAUCCCAAAGCCAACCUUUCAGUCAUCCCCAUGAGAGGGGAUUUUUCACGAGGUCUGGCUCUGGAGCUGGGCUCCUCACAGAUCGAUAAUGACACACUGCUAUUCUUUUGCGAUGUUGAUCUCGUAUUCAACGGAGACGCCUUGCAACGCUGCAGAGACAAUACCAUCCAAGGAAGACAAGUCUAUUUUCCUGUUGUCUUUAGUCAGUACGACCCCAAAAUAGUCUAUGCCGGGAACACACCAGACAAAAGCACAUUCGUGUUCACCAAGAAAAGUGGUUUCUGGCGAGAUUAUGGUUUUGGAAUAACUUGCAUUUUUAAGAGUGAUUUAUUAAGAACUGGUGGUUUUGACACCUCAAUCCAAGGCUGGGGAUUGGAAGAUGUAGACUUGUUCACAAAGGUUAUAAACUCUGACUUGAAAGUGUUCCGCAGUCAGGAGCCAGGAAUCGUCCACAUGUAUCACCCUGUUCACUGCGACACAAGCCUUGAGUACAAGCAACACAAAAUGUGCCUUGGGUCAAAAGCAAGUACGUAUGCAUCGACCAUGCAGUUAGCAGAGCUGUGGCUGGAGAAACACACAGGGGUGGGUUAUAACAGAACUGCAUCUUGACAUUAUUCUUGCCUCCUUCAUGCAAGGUUACCUCAGUUCUGCUUGAGUGCAGACAACAGUGGACUGUGUGUAUUGUGGUGUGAGUAUGGAUGUACAACAGAUAGAGACCAAGCAUAAAAGUACAAGUACUAAAUGUAACAGGAAUAUUAGGGUACUUUCAAUUGUCUUUUGUGCAAUUAUUUUUGAAAAAAAUGGUUAUUUGUUCUUUUUUGUGUCAAUCAGUUCUUUGCAGCGUCUUCCAAAGUACCUAAUCAUCAUCAUCAUGGGUUUUCCUUAGAUAUAUAAGGUGGUUAGUUUGUUGUUUUUUUGUUUUUUUUUUCUUACUGCCAUUAUUAUCAUGAAGUUUACAUCAUUGCCUCAGGACAACAUACCCAGUGCAAUGCAGUCUUCAUUGAUUGCUGGACAUGGUACCCAGCCUCUACUAUGAAAAAGACACUUGCAAACAGAAAUGAUCAAUCGUAAUUAUAGUGAUGUUGAUAAUCAUGUAAUCAAGAAAGUAUGACAAAAAUCCUUAAAAGUCCCAGAUAUUUUUUUCUACAAAUAUAUACAAAUAAGAAUUAAAGGUAUUUCAUCUGCAGUA